CCUCACAGAGCAGCUGGUGCCCUCACGGGGCAGACUGAAAAAUGCAUAGAAAAUACUUGCCAGUGAUUCAAGGCAUUGUGAUGAGAUAACCAAAUAGAGGGUAAGACUCAAGCCAGAUGCCUUCAAGACCAGGCAGGCAUAGUGUCCAGCAGCCAGCAAGAACACCCAGGCCCCAUCUAAAGGAAGCUAAGCUGCCCCGGCUUAGGCAAGUGUUGGCAUGCAGGAACAUGGGUCAUUGUGGCCAGAUCGCUCAUUCUUCAAGAAAAGCCAGAAAUCUAGAUUGUAUGGGAAAGCUCCUAAUUUUUAAGACCAUUUAUUUUAAAAAGUUAAACAUCCGUCUGCAGUCCAGAUGGAUAAAGAGACAUCCCUGUGGUUGGAGGACUAUACCAAGGAGGUGGGGCUCAUGCCAGGCCUUGAAUGAUGAGGAAACUGAGCCAGCAGAGAGACAGGAAGGAGCCCACACAGGGUCACACAGGCAGUCAGCAGAAACAAUAUGGGAACCCAGGUCUGCUCGGCUGCACAGCUCACCCUCCGACCUCUCCCCCGAUCCCCAUGGGCCUUGCCCCACGGAUGGCCGAGGGAAUCCUGGAUUCCAGCAGUCCCACGCCUCUGUGGAUUUGAAGUUCCUUGCGGGUUUAUCUUGCGUAGGCCCAUGGCACACGGUCCCUACCCUACCCUGCCCCACCCCUCCCCGCCCCACCCUCCAAUUCCUUCACAGGCUCCUUUGA